AUGAAACUUGAGGAGGAUCAAGAUAACUAUCAUGAAAAUGACAAGAAUGAAAGUCCAACCAUAAAGGAUGAUCAUCAAAUUAAUAAUCUUCUUGGAGUUCAAGUUUAUGUUGAUGAUAUCAUCUUUGGUUCCACUAAUAUGCAAUUAGUCAAGAAGUUUUCUAAGCUAAUGAAGGGUGAUUUUGAGAUAAGUCUCUUGGGGGAGUUGAAUUACUUAACUGGUCUUCAAAUCAAGCAACUCAACAAAGGGACAUUCAUGUGUCAAACAAAAUAUUGCAACGAAUUACUAAAGAGAUUUGGUAUGGAAGAUGCAAAAUCAAUUGACACUUUAAUAUCCACAAAUGGAAACUUGAAAAAGGAUGAAAAUGGUAAGGAUGUUGAUGUUAAUAAGUAUAGAGGUAUGAUUAGUUCUCGUCUAUAUCUUACUGUAUCUAGGUCAGACAUUAUAUUUAGCGUGCAUAUGUGCUCUCGUUAUCAAUCGGCUUCUAAGGAAUCGCAUUUAAAAUCCGUAAAGUGCAUUCUAAGAUACCUUCAUGGUACAUCUAAGUAUGGGCUUUGGUAUUCCAAGGGAAGCGAUUGUAAUUUGGUUUGUUAUAUCGAUUCCGAUUUUUCUGGUUGCAAAUCAAAUAUGAAAAAAGCUAAUAGUUAUUGUGCUCAAAUUUUAUGGCUCAAACAACAACUAAUUGAUUUUGAUAUUAAACUACAAUGUAUUCCUACUAUGUGCGAUAACACCAGUGCUAUUAAUCUAACAAAAAAUACGGUGUUACACUCUCUCACUAAACAUAUUGAGAUACGUCACCACUUUCUACAUGAUCAUGUUGAAAAAGGAGACGUCGUAUUUGAGCAUGUUGAUAGCUAA